AUGACAUCUUUGUCAAAUUUGGAUUUGUCUUUCAAUAAUCUGCAAGGGGAAGUGCCAAAGGAAGGGAUUUUCAUAAAUUUGGUUAACCUGUCGAUCAUCGGAAAUAACAAGCUUUGUGGGGGAAUACCCCAGCUUUAUUUAGUUCCAUGCAAGAUAGAUUCUGUGAAAAAUAACAGAAGAAGGAAAUUGAAGUACCUUAAAAUAGCACUAGCGACAACCUUUGCAUUCUUAUUAUUAGCUAUUGUUAUUGCACUCGUUCACUUGAUCUACUGGAAGCAAACACGAAAGCAGAAGGGCGCAUUCGCAUCACCAAUGGUUGAGGAACAGUAUGAAAGAGUUUCUUAUCAUGCAUUAUCAAAUGGAGCCAAUGGAUUCUCAGAAGCCAAUUUGCUUGGUAAAGGGAGCUUUGGGACAGUAUAUAAAUGUGCUUUUCAAGGUGAGGGAACUGUUGUAGCUGUAAAGGUUUUUGACCUUCAGCAAUCAGGCUCUACUAAAAGUUUUGUAGCCGAAUGUGAGGCACUAAGAAGGGUGCGCCACCGCUGCCUCAUGAAGAUCAUCACAUGCUGCUCAAGCACCAAUGAACAAGGUCAUGAUUUCAAGGCAUUGGUUUUUGAGUUCAUGCCAAAUGGUAGCUUGAAUCGUUGGCUCCAUAUAGAAUCUGAGAUGGCCACUUUGGACAAUACUCUCAGCCUUGCACAAAGGCUAGAUAUUGUUGUUGAUAUCAUGGAUGCUCUGGACUAUCUUCAUAAUCAUUGCCAGCCACCAAUCAUCCAUUGUGAUCUCAAACCAAGCAACAUCCUUCUUGCAGAAGACAUGAGUGCCCGAGUUGGAGAUUUUGGCAUAGCUAGAGUCAUUUCAGAAAGUGAAAGUAAAAUUUUGUAA